AGUGACGUCACCGGCCCUGAAGCGCCCUCCGGCGGCCGUGGGCUCAACCCCACCAGGCGGUUCUUGAACAGCCCAAGGGGGCGGCGGGCCGCAGUAGCCCUCUGAGCUGCUUUCCCUCGCGCCCGCUCCGGGGCCGCAGCGGAUGGGCGGCCGCGGGCCGCGGGGCAACAGGCGGGGAACGGGUGCGAGCCAGGACCGGGAGGGGCGGACGCGCAAAGGGGCCGCGGGGCGGCCGGGCGGGGCGCGGGCCGGCGGUUUGGGAGGGCGCCCCGCGUCCGAGAGGUGAGCCGGGCCCUGAAGCUGCGCGGGUUCCGCGUCGCCCCUGCCGCGCCAUGGCGGAGACCAAAAUCAUCUACCACAUGGACGAGGAGGAGACGCCGUACCUGGUCAAGCUGCCCGUAGCUCCCGAGCGCGUCACGUUGGCGGACUUCAAGAACGUGCUCAGCAACCGGCCGGUGCACGCCUACAAAUUCUUCUUCAAGUCUAUGGACCAGGACUUCGGGGUGGUGAAGGAGGAGAUCUUCGAUGACAAUGCCAAGUUGCCCUGCUUCAAUGGCCGGGUGGUUUCCUGGCUGGUCCUGGCUGAGGGCGCUCACUCGGAUGCAGGGUCCCAGGGCACUGACAGCCACACGGACCUGCCCCCACCCCUUGAGAGGACAGGCGGCAUUGGGGACUCCAGGCCCCCCUCCUUCCAUCCAAAUGUUGCCAGUAGCCGUGACGGAAUGGACAAUGAGACAGGCACAGAGUCUAUGGUCAGUCACCGACGGGAGCGAGCCCGACGCCGAAACCGUGAUGAGGCUGCCCGGACCAAUGGGCACCUGAGAGGGGACCGGCGGCGGGACCUGGGACUACCUCCAGACAGUGCAUCCACUGUACUGAGCAGUGAGCUUGAAUCUAGCAGCUUUAUCGACUCAGAUGAAGAAGACAACACGAGUCGGCUGAGCAGCUCUACCGAGCAGAGCACCUCCUCUCGGCUAAUUCGCAAGCACAAAUGCCGUCGUCGGAAGCAGCGCUUGAGGCAGACAGACCGGGCCUCCUCCUUCAGCAGCAUCACCGACUCCACCAUGUCCCUGAACAUCAUCACUGUCACUCUCAACAUGGAGAGGCACCACUUCCUGGGCAUCAGCAUCGUGGGCCAGAGCAACGACCGGGGUGAUGGCGGCAUCUACAUUGGAUCCAUCAUGAAGGGCGGGGCUGUGGCAGCUGAUGGCCGCAUUGAGCCAGGCGACAUGUUGCUGCAGGUGAAUGAUGUCAACUUUGAGAACAUGAGCAACGAUGAUGCUGUGCGGGUGCUUCGGGAGAUCGUAUCCCAGACGGGGCCCAUCAGUCUCACAGUGGCCAAGUGCUGGGACCCGACCCCUCGGAGCUACUUCACCAUCCCAAGGGCUGACCCAGUUCGACCCAUCGACCCGGCUGCCUGGCUGUCCCACACAGCAGCACUGACGGGUGCUCUGCCCCGCUAUGGUACGAGUCCCUGCUCCAGCGCCAUCACACGCACCAGCUCUUCCUCACUAACCAGCUCAGUGCCCGGCGCCCCACAGCUUGAGGAGGCACCGCUGACUGUGAAGAGUGACAUGAGUGCCAUUGUCCGCGUCAUGCAGUUGCCAGACUCGGGACUGGAGAUCCGGGACCGCAUGUGGCUUAAGAUCACCAUUGCCAAUGCUGUCAUUGGGGCGGAUGUGGUGGACUGGCUGUACACACACGUGGAAGGCUUCAAGGAGCGAAGGGAGGCGAGGAAGUAUGCUAGCAGUAUGCUGAAGCAUGGUUUCCUGAGGCACACAGUGAACAAGAUCACCUUCUCUGAGCAAUGCUACUAUGUCUUUGGUGACCUGUGCAGUAACCUCGCAUCCCUGAACCUCAACAGUGGCUCCAGUGGAGCCUCAGAUCAGGACACACUGGCCCCACUGCCCCACCCAUCUGUACCCUGGCCCUUGGGUCAAGGCUACCCCUACCAGUACCCAGGACCCCCGCCCUGCUUCCCACCUGCUUACCAGGACCCUGGCUUCAGCUAUGGCAGUGGCAGUGCUGGGAGUCAGCAGAGUGAAGGGAGCAAGAGCAGUGGGUCCACAAGGAGCAGCCAUCGGACCCCAGGCCGAGAGGAGCGCCGGGCAACUGGAGCUGGGGGUAGUGGCAGUGAAUCAGACCACACAGUACCAAGUGGGUCUGGUAGCACCAGCUGGUGGGAGCGGCCUGUCAGCCAGCUUAGCCGUGGCAGUAGCCCUCGAAGUCAGGCUUCAGCUGUUGCCCCAGGGCUCCCCCCACUGCACCCCCUUACAAAAGCCUAUGCAGUAGUGGGUGGGCCACCUGGAGGGCCACCUGUCCGGGAGCUGGCUGCUGUUCCUCCAGAACUUACAGCUAAGCUGCUUCCGGAUUCAGGUGUGGGGGCCAGUCCAGAACUGACCCAGGUCUGAUCCUGCCUGGAGAUGGAAGACGCUCUUGUCCCUUGCCGCAUAGUCAUGUGGCUCUGUCCCUGGUGCUGGCCAGUAAGGGGCCACGCAGGCAACUUGUCUGUCCUUGGUACUAGUAGCUGAUUCCAGGGGUCCUGGGUGGCUGGUGCUGGCCAUGGUGCUGACCCACACCCCACCCUGUUGUAUGCUCUGUCCAAGGUGCUGGUGGUGACCUGGUCCUCUCCUACAGGCUAGGGCUCAGCCAGGAAUGGAGAAGGCUGGGUGUUGCCUACCUCCUGAGUGUCCUCUGCUUGCUGUCUUUCUUGCUCUUUCCUGAUACAUAUAUACAUGCCCAGCCUUCUAUUCCUGGGAUGCCUGGACAGGGUGCUGAGUGAGGGCCCCAGGCUGGGCGUGUUCAGGCAAGUAGUACCUUCUGGCCUCCCAGGGUUUGCCUGGGGAAUUCCUGAAUUUGAAGUAUGGCUAUGGAGUCUCAAAGAACCUUUUGUGGGUCAUUUUCUAAGCUAAUAGAGCUUGGUCACCUGGGCAGGCCUUAGGUGGGCAUAACAGGAUCAAGGAUGAUCAUGCCUUUGAGGGAUAGGUAGGCUCAUAGGGUCCAUCUUGUGCACUGCAGGCCUUGGGGGGUUACUGUGGGGCUAAGGUCAGUGGAGUCUGAGUCUAUAGUUAAGUGUUUUAAGUCUCAGGUUGAGGUACUAUUUAGGAUUUGUUGGCUUAGGAGAUCUCUGGUAGGGCUGGGUUCACUAAAGGUAAGGUCAUUGGUCAGGGGUCAUUUGUUGUGUUCUUGAGUUGCCUCACCUCUACCACUGUUCCCAUCUGCUGCUCCCUUAGGGCUCCUUCCCAGGAAGAACUCCUGGGUGUUGAGCUUUGGCAGCCACAGAAGCACAUAGCACUUGGGCAGGUGGAAGGUGACUAGGAUGCCCAGGGCACAGAAUAGGAUAGCACCCAUCUGCACAGCUGGCUGGUAGGUCACCUGCACAUUGGCCAGCAGGGGCACAAAAGAAACCCAGGUGAUGAAAUAAGUUAGCAUGGCGAAGGUGAGACCACGGGCACGGUUGUAGCGACUAGGCUGGCUCUGUACCAGGAAAGUGCCCAGAAAGCAGAGGAAAGCUAACAUUGCAUUGGUGAUGUGCACCAAGCCCAGGCUGACCCAGGAACGCAUGCGGCAGUGCUCCAGUACCUCUGUGGGCAGCACCCGCCAAUCUGUCACCACCUCUGGUGGAAAAGCUAUCAAAUACCAGGCACAUAGUGCUGCCUCCACAAAAGUGGCCAACAGUACCACCAGCCAAGCCCAGGGUCCCCGAAGGUAGCUGCAUAGCCAGUUUGCCCAGUUCAUUGGCAGCUCAGACUCCACAAAGAUCUCGGCUGCUUGCAGGAAGAGUGUGCUCAGGCAGCCUGUGAGAGGGAGGUGAGCCAUUGGUUGUUGUGCAAGGCAGCUGGCAGAGCUUGGUCGUCCUGGGAACAGAAGGACACUGAAGCAGAAGAGACCUAGGCAGAUCACGCCAAAGCAGAACAGUGACCCACCUGAGGCCUGAACAAGAGGGCUGUCCCAGUGGUGGACAAAGAGCCCCAGAGCAGCCAGUGCUAGGCCCAGCACCAGGCAAAGCAGCAGGAGUAAUGACAGCACAGUUGGCUCCCCCCAAGCCAGAAACUUGGGCCUGCGAGGUAAGCAGGUUGUGCUUUUCUCUGGGGACCACUGGUCCUGGUUACACGGAGUACAGGUGAAGUCAUCUGUAGUGGUGAAAAGAGAAGGGCAGUGUGGGGGCUGGUAAUGGGAGACAGGACUCGCCAGCCAGCCCCCACAGUCAUUGCCUCAACAUUAGCCCUGGGGGGGGGGGGCUUGCCAGACUUGUAUGCUUCUGUCCUCUAGCCCAGCUGUGCAGGCUAUCUAGGGAAGAUGGUUCACCUGGAUGCUUCCGGUAGCUGCCUGCCUUGCAGUCCACACAGUCAUAGCAGCAGGAAUGAAAGCCCUUUACUCUGCGCACCUGGCCAUCUUCGCACUGUCGGGAACACUGGGAGACUGGCACCUGGACAUGGAGCCUUGGGUUAGGAUCCCCUUGGCUAGCAUUGGCCCAAGACCCACAAACUUCUACCCACCAUGCCUUUUGCCUAUCUUGUCCUUACCUGGUUAUCUGGCCAGUACAUUUUAGAGUGCUCUAGCUGAAGGGUGCCAUUGAAGGUGCCUACAUUAUGUAAUACAGGUGUAGGGCUCUGCCACACCCACAUCUUCAGGUCAUAUUCCAUGUCUACAUUCCCGUUAGCAUCAAACUGCAGUGUCAAGUCUCGAGCAUGGAAACUCAUAUUGUACAUGUUGUCCAGGAGCUGUGGAGUGGAGUCAGGGUAAGGCUGACCCAUGAGCCUCUCCAGUCACGACAAGAUUUGGCUCUUCCUGGUUUAGUGUUCCUGCAGUAGCAGGCAAAACCCAGAAAAAUCCCUACCCUUACCUGCCAGGGUUGAACAUGCUCUGAUGUGUGGCAAUGUGAGACAUUGCACUGUAGGGUGUUGUGAAGGGCCUGAGCCACACUGUACACAGCUGCAUAAGUUGCAAAUAUUUGGUGGUGCAACUGCCCAGCUGAUAGAUUCUGUGACAGCCCAGAUGAUAGGUUUUGCAGCACGAUGUAGUCACAUUGUGGACAGCGUUGCCCCAUCACAUGCUCCUCCAGAUCCAGCUCGGCAUUCAGUGAGGCACAGAAUGUUGGGUCAGCAGCCAGGGCAAGGCGAGUCUCCACAUAGUGGGGAAAUUCAGGCAGUGGGGCACCCCGCUGCAGAAACCCAAGCACAGUGCCCACACGGGCAAUAUUGGGAAGUGUCAUGACCAGGUCAGAAGUCAGCCAGGACUCACUGGCCACCCAUACUUUGGGUGAGAGGCCAUGACGGAUGCUGUAGCUAAAAAGGGAGGAGACAGCAUGGGCAGAGGCAAACAGCACCACCACUUGUACAUUACUUUGGUUCACUUGGCGUAGCAGAUCCAACACCUUGUUCAACUGUUGGCCACUAAUGUCAUGUUGUGGCACCAGGCCUUCAUGUGCGAUGCAGAUACCGCGUGCAUUGGCUAGACCAGAAAAGAUGCUCAGACCUUCCCGGCCAUAGUCAUCAUCACUACCUAGGGCAGCCACCCAGUUCCAGCUGAAAUUCUGUAGCAGAGUCACAACCGCCUGCAGCUGCACCCGGUCACUGGGCACUGUGCGGAAGAAGGAUGGAAAUGUUUCCCGGUCACUUAACCGAUCCAUGCUGGCGCUAUAGCUGACCUGUGGUGAUCAAGAAGGACUUCCUGAUGUAAGAGGUCAAUGGGCACAGUUGGUUGAAGGAACACAAAGGAAGUGGGCUCACUCACCUGUGGCAUAAGGAAGAAGCUGAAGAACUUGCCUGUGAUAAGGGCAAGCUCUGAUGAGUGGGGACCAAUGACAGCCAGCACACGGGGUUGGUACUGUGUGUAGUUGCAGUAGGCAGCAAUGCUUUGACUGCCCACCUUGGCCAUGAACAUGAGACUGGGCUUCAUGGUGACCACUGGCUCUGAGCAUGUGUCAAACAGAUCAUAGCCCAGUUGCAGCCCAGGGAGCAAGGCAGAUCCGUUGUUGAUCUCUUCCACAGCCAUCUUCAUAGCCAUGGCCAGGAACAAACCAAGGUGUGAGAACCUUAGGCCACAUGGAAAUUGCAGGUUGUUACCACCUCAUCCCCAGAUUGGGAGUUCUACAGAUCCAAAGCUGAUAAGCUUCAGCUCACUCCCACCCCAGCUGCUAGCCUCCGUACCUGUUACACAGGAUGCCAUUGGGUUGUGUUCUCUGGUUCAGAGUGGCCUCCUCAGUUGAGCCCAGGGGAAAUAGUCCACCUAGUAUGUAGUCCCCUUGUGCCUUGAAUUGCCGUGACAGACACAAAGAGGCCCCCAUCCCAAGCUCCAGGAAAGCAGCCAGGCUGAGGACCAGGAUAGCCAAGCCUGGCAUGGUAGAAGUUUCCAGCAGUGACAAUAGAUGGGUGUGCGGGGCUGGAGCCACAGAUGUACUGAGCCAAGGGGAGGGAGCAGUGGAUUUGUUUAGCAAAAUCCCUGCUCUGCUUGGCUGCCAAUCCCCAAGGAGCUCCGGUGAUAUAUGCAAUAUCCCAGGCCUGAUGUUUUGUGUAUACUUGACUCCGUAUCUAAUAAACUCUGCCCAAGAGUGAUCCAGUAAGCCAA